AUGGCUGCUCAAAGCUCCCAAUUUCAAGAAGAAAUAAGAAGUAAUUUUCAGAAUACAGGAGCAUCUAUUAAAAAUCUUGAAAUUCAGAUGAGUCAAAUAGCACAACAAUUGGCAAGUCCUCAGCAACCUGGUGCUCUACCUAGUGCCACGGUUACGAAUCCCAAAGACCAUAAUAAUGUGAGCGCUAUAGUAACUAGAAGUGGUAAAGAGAAAGAAGUUGUAGAGGAGAGUAUUGAAGAAGGAGAGCCAUUACUUGAAGUGGAUGUAGAAAUAAAAGUGAGUGAGGCAGAAGUGGAAGACUUAGGUGUGUUGGAACCAACAACUAAAGGGGAUUCUAAGCCAAGGCUUCUGAGAUGGAUCUUACUCCUUCAGGAGUUUGAUGUGGAGAUUCGUGAUAAAAAAGGAUGCAAAAACACAGUCGCAGACCACCUUUCCCGAAUGUCGCCUAUCGAGGAAAAAGAGGAAAAACGCCCAAUACAGGAUGAAUUCGCAGAUGAGCAUAUCCUUGAUGUUAUUGGUGCACCUUGGUUCUACUUAUGGGAUGACCCCCUCCUAUACAAGAAAGGGAUAGAUGGGUUUGUCAGAAGGUGCGUACGAGAGGAGGAACAAAGGGAUGUGCUAAAAGCAUGCCAUGACUCAGACUAUGGGGGACACUUUAGUGGAGAUAGAACUGCUGCGAAAGUCUUACAAUCUGGGUUAUACUGGCCGACCUUAUUCAAGGAUGCUCACCAUGUUGUUCGAGAAUGUGACAGAUGUCAAAGAACAGGGAACAUCUCAAAGCGAAAUCAGAUGCCUCAGAAAGCUAUGUUGGAAGUAGAACUGUUCGACUUAUGGGGGAUUGAUUUUAUGGGACCGUUUCCACCGUCUUUCGGGAAGAAUUAUAUUUUGGUGGCAGUUGACUACGUAUCAAAGUGGGUGGAAGCUGUGGCCUUGCCCACCAAUGAUGCGAAAGUGGUGGUGACUUUUCUCAAGCAUAACAUUUUCUCUAGGUUUGGAGUACCCAGAGCACUAAUCAGUGAUGAAGGAAAAGCUAGUUCUAGUGGUGGAUACAAGGGGAGGAAAGACAAGGAAAAGUGA